AUGAAUUUCAGGUCAUGCGGUAUGCCGAUGAGUGGACUAGGAGUAAAGUCGUCGGGAAACGGUCGUAGUUGUCGAUUCGGUCCGAGUUUAAUAAAGGAUUCAAAAGAAGGCGUUGUUGAGUACGAGUUGAAGAAAUCAACAAUGCAAUCGUAUAUGAACGGAAAUUCGUCGUCAACUCGUGAAAAGAAACCGUUGUCGAGGUUUUGUACAUGGAGGACACUGGCGAUCUGCUUAUUUCUUUCGCUGGCUCUUCUUUCGUUCAUUAUUUUAUUAUAUUUUAUUGAGAUUUCAGUAUUGUUAAGCGGUGAUGCGUCACGUCAUGUAUAUGUUCAUUCGGCACGUUCAGCGUUUUCAUCGUCCUCGUCGUCCACCUCAUCGGGUUCAUCGUCAACCCGUUCACAUUCGCCUGGUCCGGCUGGAUCAGGUUCAGAUUCUGAACUGAUACGACUGAAAUCAGCUCAAAAUCAAGAAGUGUCUUCACUACAAAUACCUCAUCAACAAUCACUGCCAGAAAGUUUCGAAAUUGGUGAAACUAUUCAUGGACAGCUUCCGCCUGGUGUUAUUGUCUACACUAAAUUUUCAUUGCAACGUGACAGUCGAAUAGCGUUCAACGUUUCGGUUGGUCCGAAGGCUCAAUUGGUUAUAUAUGGCCGUCAGACGGCACUACCCUCUCCAGCAGUGCAUGAUUUUAGUGAUAUCGUUCGUGCUGAUCGACUACCGAUCCCGUCCGAGCUUAUUCAGGAACGUUUCAGGCGAUCCACAUCGCAACCGUUCCCAUUACCGCAGUCUUUAAUCUUACAGCUGUUGCGAUCUGCAAUUCUCACACAUUAUCUACUGGCCGGCCGAUGGCAUCUUGGUUUCUUGAACGACGGACCUCAGAGUGAGGAUAUCCGAUUAUCAGUGGGUGUAGCUGCUGAGCAAUUGGAGGAUGGAGAUGAAGAAAGGCGAGAUGAUUGUCGUUUCGAUUGUACCGGUCGAGGGGAGUGCAAAGACGGAAAGUGCCAUUGCUUCGCUGGUUACAGCGGAGCGUACUGCGAAGAAAGUUCAUGUCCAGUGCUAUGUAGUGGUAAUGGGUUGUUUUCUGGUGGACAAUGCGUUUGCCAUGAGGGUUAUAAAGGUGCAGAUUGUGAUCUGUUGGCGCACUGGUGUGUGGAACCGAACUGUAAUGGGCAUGGCAUCUGUAAUCAACAGGGGAAUGCACAUGGUGUGUGCGUUAAUGGACAGUGUUGGUGUGAGUUCGGUUAUCGUGGUGAAUCUUGUGAGGAAACAUUCUCAGUACGAUCGCUUUGUGAUACCAGCGUACUUGAGACAGUUUCUGAUGGAGACACUCAGAUCACUGGUGAAUCGUUAGACGCAGAUGCGGCGUGUAAUGGACGAGGCCGAGUGCAUGCCACAACACAGAAAUGUUUAUGUAUCCCCGGUUAUCACGGUGAAAAAUGUGAACUUGCUCGUUGCGAAGUGGAAUGUGUUCAUGGGGAAUGUGGCGAUGGCGUUUGCCUGUGUGAGAAUGGAUGGACAGGUGUGAACUGCCUGGAGAAAGAAUGUCUCCCGGGAUGUGAGCAGAAAGGUCUUUGCAAGAACGGUACCUGUAUUUGUCAUAAAGGAUGGAAUGGCGAGAAUUGUCAUAUACCGGGUUGCCCGAAUAAUUGCAAUAAUAAUGGUGAAUGUAAGAUGUUCAAUGAUGAAUGGAAAUGUGGCUGCGAUUCGUCACAUUUCGGCGAUGAUUGCCUAUUGCCGAUUGAAAUCGAUUGUGAUGACGGUAUCGAUAAUGAUAACGAUGGUCUGGUGGAUUGUGAGGAUUCCGAGUGUUGUACGGAACGGAGUUGUGCAUCGAAUCAAAUGUGUACUACUGUAGCACAGCCAAGAGACGUGCUACUCAGAACUUUACCAUCAGUAAACGCCAAUUUCUAUCAGCAAAUCAAAUUUUUGGUACAACCAGAUUCCGUGCAACGUUACGCUGAUGAGCGGCAGUUCAACGAAAGUUUGGUAUCAGUGAUUCGUGGUCGAGUGGUUUCACAAGACGGUUCCCCACUAACGGGUGUUCGUGUGGCUGAGGCACGACAUCCACCGCUAACGGGCUUCACGUUGAGUCGUAGCGAAGAAGGUGGCGGUGCUUUUGAUAUAUUGGUGAAUGGCGGUCGUAUGGUAACACUACAGUUCAUGCGGAAACCGUUCGAUAAAAUCGAACGCAGUUUCUAUGUGCCAUGGAAUGAAAUCGUUUACGUAGGCGAUAUUCAGAUGCAUUUGGGUUCACAGAAUGCUUUCACGUCUUCUGAUCAUCCUCUCAACGAGCGAUGUCGCAUCCUAUACGCAUCACAUACAAUCGAACCUUCACUGUUCCCAUCAUGGCUUACAAAUCAGUAUUCUGGUCAUAUAGCUUCAUCGAAAUCAUCAACACAAUCCUCUCAACAAGCUUCGCAAAUUCUUGUCGAUUCAAGAACCGCAUUCGAUAGUGUUCACAUUCCGGGAACAACGGAUGUAUUUUUGGUAUACGAUAGCUCACGCGCUGAAAGGUACCGAAGUAGUUUGAUAAUGGAACUGCUGCCUGAGAAAGUGCCGAAAUUACUGCGAUUGGUUCAUGUUCGUGUGAAUAUCGGUGGUAGCCAUUUCUCGGAGGUGUUCGCUGCUAAACCGAAUCUGACCUAUACGUUCCUGUGGGAACAAACCAAUGUUUAUAUACAAACUGUCAGUGGAUUAACGAACGCAAAAGUUUCAAUCGGUUACGAGUACGAGAACUGUGGUCAUGAGGCGAUUGUUUGGAUUCAACGUAACGUGAAAUUGGAAGGUCGGAAAGCGAGUCGUUUCAAUCUGGGUGUAUGGACACUGAAUAUACACCAUCAUUACGAUGUUAUCAACAAUGUGUUGGAGAAAGGUGACGGAUCGAAGUUGUAUCUGGAUGAAGCACCACAGAUUCUGACAACUCUCGUUGGUGGUGAUCAACAACGACCGAUAACGUGUCCGUUUUGUAGUGAACCGAGCAGUAGUGCACGUCUAUUCCGCCCUGAGGCCUUAUGUGUUGGCAGCGAUGGAUCAUUGUACAUUGGCGAUUACAAUUUGAUUCGAAAGCUAACACCUCUUCGUCAGCUGGUGACCGUACUAGAACUGAGUAUAUCGGAUACGGCACAUCCCUACUAUAUGGCCGUAGAUCCGGAAACGGAUCUCCUGCAUAUAUCGCUGCCAUUGCGUCGUCAGGUAUGGCAAAUCAAGAAGGAUGUGAACGGAGAGCUGACCACAAAUUACAACGUGUUGGUUGGCGAUGGAAGCAGUUGUGCGGAUCAAACGCAAUCGUGUGGGGAUGACGGGCCGGCCGAUAUGGCACAGUUGACAUUCCCGAAGGGUAUCGCAUUCGAUCACGACGGAAAUUUGUACAUUGCUGACAGCAGACGAAUUAGAGUCGUGAACCGUGAAAAACAUAUUAAGACGCUGGUAACGGACAGCAGUUAUGGGCCACGACCGUGCGUUUCGGAUAUCACUGAUCUAUCAAAAUUGAAACUUGAAUGGCCGACCUCACUAGCGAUGGACUCUGAACGAGGCGAGCUGUUGGUUCUGGAUUCGAGUCUGAUCUACAGGAUAUCGCUUGUCUCGAAGAGUGCACACGUGAUCGCUGGAUCGUUACCCGAAUGUGAACAUUUAGAGAAUAUAAUCGGUGAAGUGCUACCAUCACGUCCGUUGUUGGACGCACGAGCCAUUGCUAUCGGAUCUGAUUCAACCAUUUAUGUGGUUGAAUCAAAUUCGAAACGUUUGAAUCAGGUUCGUGCAAUCACACCAGAUGGACGUAUUCGUGUGGUAAUCGGUCACAGCAGUAAAUGUGACUGUGAUCGUGUGAAUUGCCCAUGUGAGAGUGAAGCACCAACGAUUGCCUCAUCCGCAUUUCUGCAUUCACCAUCUGCGGUUGCAAUUGACCCGAGUGGAACACUCUAUGUCACUGAUCAGGGCAAUUUCAAAGUGAAAAUACUGCAAAAAGUUCGUGCACGAUACGAUGACAUCUCGAGACAGUUCCGAAUCCACAGUGCGCAUACAAAUGAAGUGUAUUUCUUCAACAGGAACGGUUUGCAUAUCAGUACACGAAGUCUUCUGUCUGGACAAACUCUCUACAAUUUCACCUAUAAUGUUGACACUAAUUUGGGUCGUCUUACACAAAUCACUGGUGCUGGUGGUUAUGCGUUACGUUUGAGACGUAUCAAUGAUACGGAAACCGUUUUGGAAUCAUCAAAUGGUCUUCGAACCAUACUGACUUUUGAUGCUUUCGAUGGAACUCUUCAAACUGUCACAUUACCGAGUACAGAUGAAAUUCAAUUCUCAUAUUUACCUGGACAAUUUCUGCGCAGUAAGGAGAUAGAUCAGCGAAUAUGGUUGUAUGAAUAUGAUGAAUGGGGUCGUGUGCGAGCACUGGUCACUCCAUCAGGCUCGCGUUUUUCGAUUCGAACUCAGUCGUUACGUCGCGGAUUGCUGCAGACCAGUGUUGAUCUGAACGAUCGACCUUAUUCCACAUUUGCAUUCUCACCAAAUGAAUUCUCUGAAUCAGGUGUUGAGGAACGUCAUGCGAUUCUGUUAGAUGAAGGCUUAAUAGUGGAUUCAGGAGGAUAUCGCAGUCACUAUGAGAGUGUUUCACAUCCCCUGCUGGAACACUACGAAAGUGCCAUACUGAAACGUAAAAUCACGUUAGCUGCUAGUGUAGAGCCAGCACAUCGUGAACUGAAUAUGCGUUUUGAAUGGCGAGGUUAUGUGCGAAGACGAGACCUGUCGACGUUACGAUCUGCACGAUAUCAGCAAGCGUCUCUGGGCAUCGACGGAGCACACAAACGCAUUCUUCAGGUGAAUGGUCGUAACAUAUUUACAAUUGAAUUUGAUCGUGACAAACGAACGGAUCGGAUCAGAAAUAGUGCUGAUGAGGAAUUUUUGAGUAUCCAAUAUAAUGAGGCUGGUCAAAUGGUCAGUAUCGUGGCUCAGGGUCGUCCCCGACUGGCUCCGUUAACAGCCAUCUACGACGGUUUCGGACGACAGAAACGUAUCGCAUGGGGGAAUGCCACAUUAGACUUUACCUAUGAUCGGCAGAAUCGAAUCACACAGUCUGCUAUGGGCCCUGCAGCCAAUCUUUUGACAAGGAAGUUCAGUUAUAAUAAGGAUUCACUGCAAACACCAUCCACUGUGCAGUUGCCGUCGGGUGAGAAGUAUCGUUGGCGCUAUGAUCCGAUCGGUGCGGUUGCCUCGUUAAAGUCGCCAUCGGGUGAGAUCCACUACUUUGCUGAAUACGCGUCGCCCAGUCGACGGCUACGAUACCGCAAUGCACCAUUCGUCAACGAUUCAUUCGUGGCGGCAUUCGAUGACGAGCACAAUCUGAUCGAGUAUACAACUCCGGAUGGCUUUCAUUCGUUAUCGAUACGACACGAUCUGUUCGGUCGUAUUAAGCAAAUCAGUGCUGAUGCCGAUAACGUUUUCAUGCAGUAUCCUGAAUUCAACGGUGGCAUCGAGCCAACUCAGAUCGUAUCGAAUUCUUUGCGAAAACGAAUCGCACGUCAAGGACCGUUGGUGAUCAGUGUUCGCGAGGAACAUUCUGAUAUGAGCUAUGCGAACAAACGUUUUGCUGAAAGUUCAGCGUUUUUCUCGUAUGAAUACGACGAUCUGUUCCGUAUGAUCAGCAUGACGGCGAAUUUCGAUGGCUUGUUGAUGGAGCCGAUUCGUUGUGAAUACGAUUCAAGAGAUGGACGAAUCACCAAAUUACAUCAUUUCUCGUUGCUUCGUGAUGGUAUCGUGAAACGAAUUCUUGGACAAACGCUUGUCAUCGAAAGUCGUCGAAGUGAGCAAGGUGUUGAGAUAAGUCGGAAAGUUAUGGUGGGCGAUUUGCGAGUGGCUGAAGUGAUUGUUGGUCGAGAUUUAGUUGGUCGUUUGGAGAGUGUUGAGUGGAGCGUGUUCGGUGAAAAAAGACCACUGGAGAAACGGACGUACAAUAUCGAUGGACAGUUGACUCAGUUGACAAUGGGCGAAGACGAGAGUCGUCGAUGGACACUGCACUAUGAUCUGGAUGGACGUCUGAAAGCUGUCAACGAUCGCAAGUUAACGCUGAGCGCAGGAGGAGUCCCAAAAAGUUUCGAUCAGUUGGUAUACGAAGUGGACGGUAAUGGAUGGACAUCAAGACGUGGUAAUGCGCUAUUUGAAAUUGAUGUGAUGGGUCGUAUUCGGCGAGUUGUUGAACCGGGAUUGAUGGAUAUUGAAUAUGGGUAUGAUGAGCAGUCAAGAGUUGUAUGGCGAAGAGUCGGUGAUCAAACAUUGCAGCGCUUCUUCUAUGCAUAUCCACAUAAACCUCAACUCAUCUCGCACUUCACAUCAUCAUCCGGCGAUGCAAUCUCGGUGAUACUCUAUGAUGACGACGAUAUACCGAUCUCGAUGCAUCGUGCUGGUUCAACGUAUGCGAUUGUAACGGAUGCUGAUGGCUCGGUGCGUUUCAUAUUCGGUCCAGAUGGUGCUCUCGUCAAGGAAGUGAUACAUGACGCACUCGGUGCGACUGUGCUCGACUCAGAUCCAACAUUCUAUUUCCCGUUGGGAUAUUUGAGUGAAUUCGAUGAUACGUUGACGGGUAUCGUAUUGAUUGGCCCAGAACGACGGCCCUUAGACACGUUUAUCGGUCGCCUAAUGAGUACUACGCCCAAAUUUGUGAGCUCGAAUCUUGAUGCAUUCGCGCCUGAAACAGAAGCUGAUCCGUUCCGGUUGACAGCGACAAAAGCACUUCAGCCGAACGUCAUUCCAAUCGAUAUAAAUGAAUGGACCGAGAUGUCCGGUUUUUGGUUACCAGAAGCGGUACCGUCAACUCGCGUCACCCAACGCUGGAAUUCACCGAUGGACGUCUGUGACGUGAGCAGAUCGCAUGCGCUAUCUGCAGCGCUGUGCUCGUUAUCCGCCAAAACCGUUCACUUCUCACAAUUUCUGACCCUAUCAACAUCAGGUGUCCUUCCACCAUUCCAGUAUCCAUCACGAGCGAUCGCUCCCCGAGCCUCGUACGCGACCGUUGAUUCGGUCGGUUUUAGAGGUCUUCUCUUUGCCAACCUAUCGUCAUCAUCCUCCGCAAAGGUGAAUGCUGUGAUGAGCUUACAGCAACCAGCCGAUGGAUUGAAUUUGCUAAAUUCAUUACUGAAUAAAAGUAGUUUAGUGCACACAGAUGAUUUUGGUUUGGUGUCAUCUUCUGCAACUGUUUCCGAGACUCAUUUCGCAACGCCAUCUGCUAUACAACCUGAAGCUACUUACGCAGAUCUCACCAAUCUUUACAAUAUAUCAAUGCGUGAAAAUGAAUUGAUUUUAAUCGUUGGCAAAUCGAGCAUCAAUUUUCAUUUUGGAACUGAUGCUGAUCAUGUUCGAGCCGAGCUGAUACGAUAUCAGACCGAACUGAUUGAGUCACAACUCUGGGAACGUGAACUGCAAGCUGUUAGAAGCGGGAUAAAUGGCCGACGACAUUACUGGAAUGAUCCAGAGAAGAGUGAACUGAUGACGAAAGGAGUGGUGUCGCAGUAUGAUUGCGUAUUCCAUCCUGGAGACUCGAUACCGUUGCUGUCGAAUCUGAAUUUGUGGAUAUUCGAUCGUUCACGAUCACGACGAUAG